AUGGCCCCACAACAUCACGAUGAAACAUCACCUGCCGUGGAGAACCUGCUAAAAGCAGCGGAGGAGCUUCAGACAAAGCCCCUUUGGGUACAAAUGGCUCGCUUGAACCCCCCACUACCAAAUCCAAAAUGCAAGCCGCAUGUAUGGGACUAUGCGAAGAUAAGGCCCAAGCUCUUAGAAGCUGGAAAUCUUGUCACCGAGAAGCAAGCUGAGCGCCGAGUGCUAAUGCUCAUCAAUCCAGCUCGUGAUGCUCCGUUCACCACGGAUACCAUUUAUGGCGGUCUUCAGCUGGUCAUGCCUAAUGAAACAGCGCCAGCACAUCGCCACACUGCUUUUGCCUGUCGUUUCAUCAUUGAAGGGCAAGGCGGAUUUACUGCUGUGCAUGGAAAGCGAAUUAAGAUGCAACGAGGUGAUGUUAUUCUAACGCCCACGUGGAACUGGCAUGACCACGGCAAAGACGGCUCUGGUCCGAUGAUAUGGCUUGAUGGAUUGGACCUGCCAAAUUUUGUACACUAUCCUGUGCACUUUGUCGAGCAUUACACCGAUCCUCGAUACCCUGCCCAGGAUGUCGACAGCUCAACCUCACCAAUCGUAUUCCCCUGGUCGGAAAUGAAGCAGCAGCUGGAUGAGGCUGCUGAAGCAGUGACCGAACUCCCGUAUUUGAAACCAGAUGGGUCCGAAAUUAGUCGUACUCUGGGCGCUUCUGCAACCCGGAUUCCUGCAGGGAAGUCAGGAAAAUCUGUACAGGAGACCACUUCCUCAAUUUUCCACGUCAUUGAAGGUUCAGGGCGCACCACGAUUGAUGGGAGAGAUUAUGCUUGGAAGAAAGGAGACACAUUCUGUGUUCCAUCAUGGCAUGAUUAUCAGCAUCACGCUGACAGCAAUGAAACGACGUACUUGUAUAGGAUCCAUGAUGGACCUAUGAUCAAAGCGCUGGGGUUCUAUCGAUACAAGGGACAGGAUCUGGAGUCCCUUGUAUCUGACUAAAUCUCUUGGAAAAGCGAAGUUUGUUGAACUGAUUAGAAACGAAUCAUACUAAAACACCCUCAAUCGCGUUUUCAGCAUAUGCAUCGCAACAUUAUUGUUACGCUGAUUCAA